GUUUCACUUCCGCACUACGCUGCUGCCUGGAGUCCGUUAGCCAUCUGGAUGGAACUUCGCACAUUUUGAGGAAAUUGUCUUUCUUAUCCAGGACCGGAAAAGUGUGCGCCAAAAAAAGACACUCGUUUAAAUCUCUAAACUACAUUCAUCUUUACUUUAUUUCAUUUGAAUAACAAAAUAGAAGCGUAGUCGCUUUAUUAAAUCAAUCAGGAAGCGACGUUAGCGCGACGAAGCUCACUCCACAACGUGCUAACUUACAUGUUUGAGCACAUUUUAAACUGUGCCUAACGAAGGAACAUCGCCAACUUAUGUGAAGAAGUCAUGAAGAUGAUCGACAUUCCCGAUGGAGGGUCCUUCCUGUUGUGGACCCUGGUGGUUCAGCUGGUCCUCUGUGGGAGUGGGGUCUACGCUGCUGACGGCACCAAAAGCUGUAAACUGAGAGACGAGUCGGAAUCGGAGCGCAAAGUCCUCAAUCGACUGGAGACACUUGCCCACAAGAACUUUACAGCAGAGUACACGAUUGGAAGUGAGAGUUACACAUAUGUGUUCCAGCUGUGUGGAGAUGCAGGGGGUGUUUCCGGAGCCGGGGUUAUUCAGUACAACAAGAAAACACCGAGUAUACCAACUGUGGUUGGCAUGUAUAAUGCAACGCAAGCCAUUGGAGGAAGUGACUGGGUGAUGUUGAUCUACAACAACGGCGACAGAUACGAUGGACACUGUUCCAAAGAGCCGAGGAAAGCCACGAUCAUGAUCUCUUGCAACAAGAAAGUGGAUGUGGGCGAGAUGAAGGUGGUGCUGGAGGAAAGGCAGAAAUCGCAGGACUGUUUUUACCUGUUUGAGCUCGACUCCAGUGCCUUGUGUGAAGUUGUUGAGUCCCACAUCAGCGCUGGCUCCAUAAUACUCAUCAUAUGUUUCUGUCUUCUGGCCGCUUAUCUCAUCGGAGGUUUCCUCUACCAACGACUGAUUGUUGGAGCCAAAGGAAUGGAGCAAUUCCCAAAUUACGCUUUUUGGUUGGAAGCUGGCAAUAUGAUGGCGGAUGGAUGUGACUGUGUGUGUCGCUCCCGAAAUCGGGAGGACGCCCCGGCCUACAGGGGAGUGGCCACAGAAUCGUUGGAAGAAGAGCCAGAGGAGAGAGAUGACCACUUGCUACCUAUGUGACCUCAAUACCUCCGAAAUGGGACAGAAAUGUACACUGUGUGACACUGUUCACUCUUUCACAAGCAGAUGUUUGCUGUUAGGCACAAGUCUUGUUUUUGUCUGUGCUGGUUUUAGACCAGGACCUGUCGAUGCUUUGCGUGUUCCUGACUUGUGCCUAGAGCAACGACUGUGUGAUCUGGUCUUCACUUACGUCACGUUACUUAUUGGGCUGACUGACCGGUCUCCUCUUUCUACCCCAUUCAUUUCAUUCAGCUGUUUGACGUCAAACAAAUUAAUGAUUUAUCCAAUAUUACAAAGUGAUCACAAAGAGUGACUUUUUGUACCGUGGAAAUCUGGCACUAAAGACGUUAAGACGAUGCAUUUCUCCCUGAUUUAAUCUUUCUUUUCUGCUUAACUUAAGGGUUGAUGUGUGUUUGAAGUUGUUGGGGGAAGCUGUUUUUUCUUGUUGUGCACUGACAGUUGCCGGUUACAAAACACCAGUGCUUUUGCUUUUGUGAUAUGGCUUUAAUUAGUUUGUGUUUUUUGUGUAUUCAAAGUGAAAUAAUUCAUAUGGGGAUGUAAAAGUUUAAUUAUAAUUUCUGUGACUGCUUGCAGCCUUGCUGGGCAUCUUCCUUUCUCAGGCUUCAUGAGGAAAAGCUUCUGGAUAAAUCCUAAUAUCUUCCUGAGUGAAAUCUGAUCUUUAUAGUUACGAACUGUCCUUACAUAUUUAUCGGAAAGGUCAAUAAUGCUGUUAAAUGAAUGCACUUACUAAGCAUAUAACUAAUAAUCUAUGUAUUGUGCUAUUUAUCAUUUCAUUUAUUCAGUUGUUUACUAUAUAUUGUACUUUUUGAUAUAAAAUUAUAAAUAGCAUAAUACAUAGAUUAGUUAAACGCUAAUAAUAUACACACACUUUUGUUUGAAAAAAUAUAUGCAUUUUUCGUCACCACAAAUACAUUUUAUAAUAAAUCUAGUGAGUGAAUCGUGCUCUGGGUGCUUGUAUGGUAAAACAGAACCAAACACCAGAUGCAAGCACCGACUUCAUGCCUGAUCCAGGGAUACAAAUGAUACAAACUUUAUUUUAACAUCUUUAACAUUUUACGUUAUUACUAAGGAUUGCGGCAGGAUUUUUAAACUUAAGAUUGCUAAAUGUUUUUAAAAACAAAUCAGUUCCAAAUCAAGUUAUUAUAUUAUCUUCAGUGUGUUUUCAGCUUUGCUUUUUGUGUUUAAUAAGUUGGUAUUUCUUUGUGUAGUCAGAGAAAUGAAGUGAUAUCCUGUUUGUUUCAAUGAUGAUUUCAAGCCACCAUGAUUCCAUUAAAAAAUACAACAUGACACACCCGAUGCACUCACCGUUGGAGAUUUGAUGAAUGUAAAAUGUUACGUAAUAAAAACGUAUAAAACCA